UUUACAUUUUUACUAAAAUUGAAAGUAGGAUGAACAAAUAAAGGUGUAGACAUCAGAGUACUAGGAUUCUCAAAGGCAUUAUGAAGAGCUGUACACAACACACACAUUGCAAAUCUGCAGGUGUACAAAUUUUUUAUGUCUAUUCAGAGCAGUUGAUAAGUCACUGAAUUUACAGACAUGUGCUCUGGAUUUCUAAGCCUAAUUAGAAGUUUCUACUCAUUAUCACUAGAAUCACCUUAGAUCUUCAAUAAACCUUAAAAAUUAAUUCAAGAACUAACUUCAAGAAACAGUAGAAUAUCCUGGGGCAAGUACUAUAAGUUGGCCCUGACUUCAUAUUCUUUCACAGACAUCAGCUUGUGUCUCAUAGUAGACAACUAGACAGAUGUUGUAGAUGGACUUUUUGAAUGAUCCAGGUGAGUUGUACUCACUGUAGCUAUGCUUUUUAUUAGAUGACAGAAGCAUUUGAAAGUGAGCCCCAUGUGAGAUGCUGCACACCUGUGUGUGCUGGAGCUUCAGAGGAGCAGAAGCUCCUGUCACCUACCCAGUUACUGGGUUGAUAGCUUGUUCUCCAACUCUUAAUUGGUAGACCAACAUAUAAAAAAAGAACAGCUUGCUGCCAACACAGCUCCAAAGCACUCCUCCUGUUCUGCCAAGGCUGAGCUAAAUGAAAAGUACCCGCAUGCAACAGAGCAUACAUGGUUUUUGCUUUAUUAAUUUGUACAGAAUCAAACUACAAAUACUUAAUGUGAGGGGAAAAACACAAAUUAGCAAAGAGCAAUUACAUGAGAAGUAUUAAACCAUGUACAAUCAACUCUCAAAUUUGUCUCCUCUGUAGCCAGGCAAUUAAAGUCAAAGGGAAGAAAACACUUCAAUAGCCCAAAGGCAGGUACAGGCUCUACAGCAAGGAAAUGACAACAAUGAGAAGCAAUAAUUCUGUUUGUGAGAGAUCCUUUGCCCAGAAAGGAUUAAAUGCACUUUCCUCUUUUGGAGAAAAACAAGGUACACCAAAAACGUUUCUUAGCCAAAAUCCGCUUAGUCCGACAUGACAUAUUUUCCUAUGAAACAUCUUACCCAGAAGUUACUUUGGCAAGGCAGGUGCUCUUCCAGGAAGUGGCCAAUUUCCUAGUGCUUUGCCUUGAAUAGCAGAAUGUUUGGUUCCCUGCACUAAGCUAAAGGACAAAACAUGAUGUACUAGCUAAGAAGCACACAGCCACAGAAGUGUGGUUUGUAUCACUGACAUUAAGAUAUUAGCUAAAUUUCAGCUGGCCCUAUUUGCUUUCCAGAUAAGGCAGAAAACCCCAAACUAAACAAAAACAGCAAACAACUACUAAAAAACCAGACCCACACAACAAGAACAAAACAGCAGCGUGCAGAAACUUCUACAUUUCAUUUCACAGAGUAAUAGAGACAUUUCAAAGACAUUUUAAAUGAAAAACUGAAGUUUACUUUGACUUUUAUAUUUGUAGCAGAGAAAGGUCCACUUUCAGUAAGAAAAUACAGUUAAUUAGGUACUAAUAAACAUUUCUAGCCAUUAACUCUGUAUAAUGCAACCAAACAUAAUAGACAUCAAAAUACAAAUUAAUUAUUUCAGAUUUAACAUGGUAGCAGUCUAAGCUAUCAUCAGAUUUCAAGAAUUUCAGCUCUUUAGUAAAUUGAGUUUUGAUCAAAAGCUAUGAUGCAUCAGACCUUUACAACAGCCCUGCUUACUUAUGUAGAUUAGUUUCUCUUCUUAAAUUGCCUUAGCCAGAGGUAAGGCUUUAUAAACAACACAAAUGAACAUCACUUUUUCUGUGAACUUUGUUAUACUGAUCCAUCAAAAGGAACUAAUCUGUUUUAAAAAAGAAACAAAUUAGGCAUGACAAAGAGAUGUUUUAGUUCUAAACAGGUGGGAUUAGAAGGAUUAUAGAAAAGGUUGCUCCUUAUUAUGAAUCAUUUUAGAAGAAUGAAUUCAUCAGCCAUUGAAGUAGUUUCCAUUCAACCUGUAAAAUAUAUAAAGUGUGCCAUUCCAGAAAUGGAAAACAAUUAUUUACCACUGGAAUAUCUUUCUUAGAAUUUGAGAACUGCUGAACCUCUAUGCAAGUGUUAAAUAACUAAAAAAUGUGCAUCUCAUCAUAUAUCCUAAUUCUCUCUCUUUUUUCUCAAGGUUUUCUACUUUCAGUUUCAAAAUCUCUGCAAGAGGUAGAAGAUGAAAAUAUGUUGCUAGCUACAUUAAAUCUUGGAAAAACUCUACAAAAUGGAGACAAAACUAUGAACAGGGGAGCUAUACCUUUGCUGAAGCACUACAAGACUGAAGACAGCAGUGUUUUCAAUGAUAAGAAUGCGGGAAACAUGAAGUUUUUGGACAGAGGCUCCAGACAUGAUUUCUUCAAUCACAUUAUGCCAAUCAACUUAAGUAGAAAGCAACUACCUUAUCCUGCACUGAAGGGAGCCAUGGCUUUUCCAGCUGACACUGAAAUUCAAAAUAUUGACUCAAUACAGGAAAGAGAGAUCACAGAUGAAAAUUCAGCUAAAUACCCUAUAGGAAGAAGAGAUUUUGACAGUAAAUAUAUUUUACUUUUACACCAAAAAUUAUUUCAUUCUGGUAAAGUACACAGCAGUGUCAAUAUAGCAAUUUGGUAA